AUGACAUCCAAAGCGCUCACUAUAGCCAGUGCCCUCCGCUCGCUAGGAAAUAUGGUCCAUGGAAUGAGGCCACACCUUCUCCAACAGGCCAUAUUGGCCUGUAUCCUCCGUAAAGCCUACUUCGGCGCAGAGACGUGGUGGCCAGGCCGCACCCAUCCUCGUUCCCGCCCUCAGGCAGACACUCUCCCAAUCUCAAACCUAGUAAACAAACAUCUAAUGGAUCUAUCUACUGUCAUUCUAAUAGGGGCAAGGGCGGUUCUGCCUGUUUUCCACACUACCCAGGUACCUGUCCUACACCGAGAGUCAGGAUCUAAAUUAGAAAAUGGCCAAGCAGGUGGUAGCUAUAUUGGUUUCCAAGCUGGCUCCCAAUUCUUGCGUAGCUUAAUACCCCUUCAGCCCAACAAAGAAGUCUUCGACGCAGAAGCAGAAGCAGCUCUUGCUAGAUUGAAAGCUGCAAUAACACACUCAACAGCCUAA